AUGCAAGUCCCAACUGUAACUCUAGAAGAUCUCCAAGCUUUCCACGCCGAACAUUUCCCCAGCCAACAGCGAUCCACUCUCCCAGCGGAAGAUACCCCAGCUGACGACCUUGGCUACUACCCAGAUGGAGUAAAGCGCACCCUUACUGACGAGGAAAUCCGGAUAUUCAGACACAGUGAGAUCCAUGCUCUGCUGCGUCAGCGGCAGCGCGAGCAAGAAGAGAGGGAAUAUGAGUCUCGGAUGCAGUCAUCCCCAAGUGAUGUACCAGAGGGUAAGCCAGAUGAUGCACCUGAGAGGCUUACUUUGCAGACCCACUCUCAAGCUCAGGGUAGCGCUCCGAAGAGAUCGCCUUCACGAAAGGGGCCUAAGGGGGCUAAGAGACAAGUCACAGAGGAGACGGCUUUGGAACCCCUGGACUACGGAGACGAAUCUCGUCAGGUCGACACGGCAGAAAGGCCAGAAAGGCCACCGGUGUCGCAGAUGCCGUACCAAGGUCGUAGAGUCGUUUCCUAUGAUGACUGA